UAUUAGCCUGCGUGGCUUAUCAUUUCAAGGCCUGGGUGCGGUUUACACAUCGCACCAGCCACGCCUUUUCCUGUCACAACGGAACAGUCGUUCGUAAAGACGGCGGGUCAGCUGACAGGCAUCAGCGGACCGGGGGAAGGAAGAAGCGGAAUUUGCGGCUGUGAGCAGGGAUUCUGUUGGACAUAAAAUACACCCAAAGGCUAGCCUGGAAGCCAAAGAGUGGUGGUGUUCGUGAAAGAACAAGAGAGGGGUUUGGUUUCAUCAUGGCAAGUUGGGAUUGAGAAGCAUUCACAAUGAUUGGAGGAUUGUUCAUCUACAACCACAAGGGAGAGGUUCUCAUCUCCCGCGUCUACCGAGAUGACAUAGGGCGGAAUGCCGUGGACGCGUUCCGCGUGAACGUGAUUCACGCCCGGCAGCAGGUCCGGUCGCCGGUGACCAACAUCGCCCGCACCAGCUUCUUCCAUGUCAAGCGCUCAAACAUAUGGUUGGCAGCUGUGACCAAGCAGAAUGUCAACGCUGCCAUGGUGUUUGAGUUCCUUUACAAGAUGUGUGACGUCAUGACUGCCUACUUUGGCAAAAUCAGCGAGGAGAACAUCAAGAACAACUUUGUGCUCAUCUACGAGCUGCUGGAUGAGAUCCUGGACUUUGGCUACCCCCAGAACUCAGAGACCGGAGCCCUGAAGACCUUCAUCACCCAGCAAGGCAUUAAGGGACAAACAAAAGAGGAGCAGUCUCAGAUCACCAGCCAGGUGACGGGCCAGAUCGGCUGGCGUCGUGAGGGCAUCAAGUAUCGCCGCAAUGAGCUCUUCCUGGAUGUACUGGAAAGUGUUAAUCUGCUCAUGUCACCUCAAGGCCAGGUCCUGAGCGCCCACGUGUCGGGCCGUGUUGUGAUGAAGAGCUACCUGAGCGGAAUGCCGGAGUGCAAAUUCGGCAUGAACGACAAGAUCGUCAUCGACAAGCAGGGCAAGGGAGGAGCGUCCGACGAUGCAGGGAAAAGUGGGAAGCAGUCCAUAGCCAUUGAUGACUGCACUUUCCACCAGUGUGUGCGUCUCAGUAAGUUUGAUUCUGAGCGCAGCAUCAGCUUCAUCCCUCCUGAUGGAGAGUAUGAGCUCAUGAGAUAUCGCACCACUAAGGACAUCAUCCUGCCGUUCCGAGUUAUUCCUCUGGUCAGGGAGGUGGGUCGCACCAAACUGGAGGUUAAAGUGGUCAUCAAGUCCAACUUCAAACCUUCGCUGCUGGCUCAGAAAAUUGAGGUGCGAAUUCCAACACCCCUCAACACUAGCGGUGUGCAGGUGAUUUGCAUGAAGGGAAAAGCCAAAUACAAGGCCAGUGAGAACGCCAUAGUCUGGAAGAUCAAGCGGAUGGCUGGGAUGAAGGAGUCUCAGAUCAGUGCUGAGAUUGAGCUGCUGCCUACCAACGAUAAGAAGAAAUGGGCCAGGCCUCCCAUCUCUAUGAACUUUGAGGUUCCUUUCGCACCCUCUGGCCUGAAGGUGCGCUACUUGAAGGUGUUUGAGUCCAAGCUCAAUUACAGUGACCACGACGUCAUCAAAUGGGUGCGGUACAUCGGCCGCUCCGGCAUCUACGAAACCCGCUGCUGAAGUUCAGCCCCGCCAGGCAGCAAACUGACCACUUCCCUCCCAUCUUUCCUGUCAUUUUAUUCUUCUUUCCUCCUCCUCCGUCUUUGUUCCUCCCUCUGUCCUUAUCACUUUUCUCCUUCCCCAUCAUCCCUUCUUAACUAGGUGUCGGAGAUUGAAUUUACAUCGUUUAAAAGAAAAACAAGUAAAUAUGGUGUAAUUCAGAUAUAUGCAAAAUGUGAACCAUUGUAUCGUAUAUAUCUAGUAGUGAUGAGUAAAAAAUGUAAACCAUCUGGUGUCCGAAUGAAAAAGACAAGUGAUGCCGGGUCUCAGGGGGAGAGGGCGGGAGCUUUGUGUAUCCAGUGUUAUCGUUCUUUUCUCCGAUAUAGAAAUCCCACGUCAGUUAACCCUGGGAAGGGGGUUCGUCACUAUUGUGAUUUAAAAUAAGUCCUGAUAGUUUCUAUAUAUAAAUAUCCUGGUAGAGUUGACCUUUUCAAUGAAUCGGUAUUUGAUGCUACAUGCUCGUCACUAGAAGGUAAAUCAUUCCCAGCCGACUGUCGUUCAGAAAGAAAUGACGCUGAGCAAGUUGGUUUUGUACUUGGACGUUACUGAUCCUUUACCUGUGUUCCUUUUCCCUCCGCUUUCAGAGUUAUGCCAGGCAGGUUAGACCUUCAUCCUGAUUGGCUUAUUCUGACUCAUUCCCACAAACAUUUUAUAAGCACUAAGAUUAACUUUCACACUAUUUUUGGAUUUAAAGAUCAGUCUGCAGGGUUUGCAGUGAGGUGAUGUCUCCCCCUGGUGUUUGCUUCGCCACUGUCUGCUUCAUGUGUGUAGCCCUGGUGACCGUUCUGUCCAAUAAAAUCUAUGUAACCAAACAUCUUA